GAUUACAUAAAAUUCACAACUCUUUUAACUAUAAUGACCAAAAAAAACUUAUAACAGAACAUAAACAGAUAGAGUAAUAGAAGAAGAUGGACUUGUUGGCACAAUCCUGUACAGCCACGGCUACCAACCCAAUCUCAGUCUCAAACUACUCUUUCAUCACUCCCAGAAAACUCAUUUCUUCGAGGCGCGUGGCUCCCACUUUCUGCUCCAAUCUUCCACAAUUCUCUUUCACAUCUAGCCACCCAGAGCGUGUACAACCGAAACCGAUACUGAAACCAUUUCCUUCACCACAGCCUGAACGCCCUCAACCUUCUCCGUCACCUGCUACUUUUCAUAAAACAGCAGUUGUAAAAUUGCCAGCUAGGGUUUAUGUUGGCCAUUCACUUUACAAAGGGAAAGCUGUACUCACUGUGGCUCCUAGACCUCCCGAAUUCACUUCAUUAGAUUCAGGGGCAUUCAAGAUAUCCAGACAAGGUUGUGUGCUGCUCCAAUUUGCUCCUUCGGUUCUUCCGUUCCAAUAUGAUUGGACCAAAAAACAGGUAUUUUCGUUGUCAGUGGGAGAAAUUGGAAUUCUAAUCAACCUUGGUGCAAAGGAGACUUGUGAAUUUUAUCAUGACCCUUUUUUGGGAAAAAGUGAUGAAGGUAAAGCGAGAAAAGUUUUGAAGGUGGAGCCACUUCACGACGAUUCUGGUCACAUGUUUAACCUUAGUGUUGUAAACAAGCCUGAAAACCUAAACGAAAACAUCUUUAUCCCUGUCACAAAAGCUGAGUUUGCAAUUUUCAAAUCACUUUUCAGUUUUAUCAUGCCAUGCCUUUUAGGUUGGAAUGCCUUUGGUAGCUCUAUAAAGCCAGAAGUAAAUAUUGCAAGCCCAAGAAAAGAAGACAGUGAAUGGGUCGAAUAGGGUCAUUUCUGCAAUAGUUUGUUGAAGACUAUAGGAAGUUACAAUUCACGCAUUGUGUAAUUUAUGUGUCAAGUUAAAUAGUUAAAUUAUUUCAUUUUGGUAAAUUAGAAUUAUUGAAGGCAUUUUUGAUGUUAGUAUCAUUAUUUGAACACAUUUUUAAUUC